AUGUCCAGCACUGCCAAGAGCACGCACAUCAGGAACCCCACGCUCAGAUACGUCCACAAGGCCCUCGCUCACACCAUCUAUGCAAGGCGCGAUGUGACUGGUGUCAAUGAGAAGGAGCUCUUCUUUCUCAACGAGGGAAUGAAGAAGGUCAUUCACACGCUGCCUGAUGGAACAGAGAUGGUGGGGGACAGAUCAGGGAACAGCGUAGCAACCUACCUCCUCAAGAGUUUCCUCAGCUACAGAGAGUAUGCUCUCUCUCUCAACAGAGUGCACCAGGCAAGUAGCGGUCAGCUGAGCUGUGGAGGGCUCAUAACGCCGAUCCUUAUACACUCUGGGAUCACGCUUGAGAAGCCGGUCGACCCUCUGUCGAUGAACAUCCAGUACCUCCGCAAGACCACCUAUCUCCGAGGUCAAUCUAUCAGCGGACGCCACAACUAUCAGUUCGCCUACAGGCAGUUUAACUUCGGACUAGCGAGUUUCUUCCUGCCAAACCCACCCUUGACCUACAUCACAGUUAGGGAGAACAUAGACUUUGAGCCUCCUAUCGAGACCAUUCUCGAACAAGGCCAAGAGGAGGAAGAGUACGACUACCCAUGGGCAGCUGACAUGGACGAGAGCUCAGGAGACGAAGAGACCCUCAUGGACUACAAAACAUGA